AUGCCCAACGCCUGGGUGUACUUUCCAGGGGCGCCGUAUACCCAUCGUGCAGCGCUGGACGCGGCCCAGCAUGUGGUAGGCGCAUCCUGGGAAGUGGUGGAUGGCAAGCAAGAUCCACCCUCGGAUGCCGAUGCUACGCCGACCCACUAUGAUGCUUAUAUUGCCGAUUAUGACUACCUGCCUUUUGAGGCCCUCGCUGGCUCGUCUGCACGUUGCAGUAGCUAUAUGAUCCGGAAAGCGCUGAUUCGUAAGCAUUAUUUGGCUCAUUCUAUCCAUACGCAUAGCGUAAAGCACCCAGAGAGCCCACUUAUGGUGCCACGUACUUGGAUGAUCGAUAUCCAGUUUGCUGACGAACUGGAUGAGCUUCUGGCAGACGAUCUGUACGACGUGCGUGAAGCGUUGGAACAAAACGAGGUCGCCGAGACGCCCAAGUGGUUCAUCCUCAAACCAGGCAUGGCAGACCAAGCCAAUGGGAUCCGCCUCUUUUCCUCGGUAGAGCAGCUCGAGCAGAUCUUUGAAGAGUUCGAGGAUGAUGGCAGUGAAGAGGAUGAGGAUGAUACAUCGAACGCUGUCAUGGCUAGUCAGCUACGUCACUUUGUAAUCCAGGAAUACAUCGCCUCACCCCUCCUUCUCUCACCCGCCGAUCCCUCCUUGGCGCCUCGCAAAUUCCAUCUGCGUGCCUAUGUGACCUGUGUAGGCGGAUUGCAGGUCUAUUUACAUGACGACAUGCUGGCUCUCUUUGCCAGCAUGCCCUAUACCAAUCCACAAACACACUCUGUCGAUUUACGUGGUCAUCUCAGCAACACCUGUUUUGGUAAACGGCAUACCGAGGCCAUGGAUGGCCAGGAGGGCAAUGUAUUCCGCUGGCAAGACCUUAUCGACCAGCCCGCUUGUAUGCCUGGCGGAUCCACGUUCUCAUUAACACGUGCACAUGUGGAUCAUGUGCGCCAGAAGGCGGUGGACGUCAUCGGGUCCGUCUUUGGAGCAGUAGCACGCGAAUCAUCCAUUCAUUGGCAAUUGUGGCCCAAUGCCUUUGAAAUAUUCGGCGUAGAUUUGCUUGUGAGUCUCGAUACGACUCAGAAUGAAACCGACCCAGCUUCGUUGCAGGUCUGGCUGUUGGAGAUCAAUGCUCAACCGGACUUUGCACAAUCGGGCCCGCAACUAACCUCCGUGGUACACCACGUAUUUGAGCGCGCCAUCCAAGUGGGUGUGCUUCAGCAAGGCCCUUGGCCUGUCGGUGAGAGCCGUGAUCAGUGUACUUGCUGCUUCCAAUCCGAUCUGAUUCGUACAUAG